AUGGCUCUCUCUAAGCUGCCGAAAACCUUCCAGCUAUCGUCGGAAUUGAAAAAAGGAUAUUUUCCUCAUUUGUUCAAUACAAGAGGAAAUAGAAACUAUGUCGGGAAGUUACCAGCCUUAGAAUUCUACAGUCCGAAUACUAUGAAAACAGAAGAACUUGAAGUAUUUCUAAAAUGGUACGGAGAACAUAAAAACGACAUUUUUGAACUCCAACGUGAACUUUUGGAGUAUUGCAUCAGUGAUGUCAAUAUCCUGACUGAGGCUUGUCUAAAGUUCAGACGUUUUUUUCUCAUUGAAAGUAAUAUUGAGCCAUUCUUAGAAGCUACGACUAUAGCUUCUUCAUGCAAUCUGGUGUACCGAAGAAAUUUUCUACAGUCGAACACUAUUGGGUUAAUACCCAAAAAUGGAUACAGGUGCGUCGAUAAUCAGUCAACGGAAGCAAUUAAGUGGUUGAUUUUGGAAGAGCAAAGUCGAAAAAUCAACAUAAAACAUGCUGCUAAAGGACGUGAAGCCAUAAUUAACGGAGUUAAAGUCGAUGGUUUCUGCGAAGAAAAUAAACAAGUUUUUGAGUUUCAUGGUUGCUACUAUCACGGUCAUCCUGCUUGUCUUAAACAUAAACGAGACGAACCUCUAUCUGAUAAAGAACAACACGAUACGUUGAAUUACAGAUACGAGAGAACGUUGGCCAAAACAGCACGUUUGAGAUCGUUUAAUUAUGAAGUGAUCGAAAAGUGGGGUUGUGAAUUUGAGACCCAACUUAGUUUUCUAAAAGAUGAAGAGUUAAAUUUCAUAAACAAUCACCCACUUGUACAGAAUGCCCCGUUAAAUCCACGAGAUGGUUUCUUUGGAGGAAGAACUGGGAAUACAUUUAAUUACUACAAGUGUAAGGAAGGUGAGCAAAUAAAAUACAUUGAUGUAUGUUCACUAUACCCCUGGGUAUGUAAAAAUGGGAAGUUUCCAGUUGGACAUCCAAAAGUUCAUACAAGUAAUGAUGAUAUUUGCUCUAAUAUGCAACUUGAUGGUAUCAAUGGACUCAUUAAAUGUAAAAUUCUACCACCAGAAAACUUAUUUCACCCUGUCUUACCCCAAAAACAGAACAAUAAACUAAUGUUUUCAUUGUGUAGAACCUGCAGCAGUGAAAAAACUAAGGAAAGAGUUUGUACCCAUUCUGAUGAUCAGAGGGCCUUGUUAGGAGUAUGGGUGAUUGACGAAGUAGUAAAAGCUAUUGAAAUGGGUUAUAAGCUACUAACUAUAAUGGAAAUUUGGGAAUACGAUGUAAUCCAAUAUAACCCUACUGCAGGUACUGAAGGAUUAUUUACCUCGAUGAUGAAUAAAUACCUUAAAAUAAAGCAAGAAGCUUCAGGUUGGCCAAAUAUAUGUUUAUCUGAAGAGGAUAAAAACAAAUAUAUUACGGAUUUUCUCGAGAAGGAAAAAAUCAAGUUAGAAUACUCCGAAAUAACAGAUAAUCCUGGCAAGAGAUCACUUGCCAAGCUGAUUUUAAAUUCUUUUUGGGGUAAAUUUGGACAAAGAGAAAAUCAACAAAAAACCUGUAUUAUUAAUAAUCCUUCAGAUUUGUUUAAUUUGCUUACUCAUCCAUCUAUAGAAGUUUCACAAAUUCUACCAAUUAAUGAAAACAAUAUUGUGAUAAGCUUCGAAAUGAAAGAAGAAGCAGUUGAAACUCUAUCAACUGUUAAUGUUUCUAUUGCCGCAUAUACCACAACUCAAGCUCGCCUGAAAUUAUAUAGCUACUUAGAAAAACUUCAGGAAAGAGUUUUGUACUACGACACUGAUUCCGUUAUUUAUGUUUGUCGUCAAGGAGAAUUCGAUCCACCUACUGGAGACUUUAUCGGUGAUAUGACAAACGAACUGGAUUGCUAUGGUCAAGGAAGUUACAUUACCGAAUUUGUAAGUGGUGGACCAAAAAAUUAUUCUUACAAAGUAUACAGCACAAAGGAUAAAAAAGAACACACUGUCUGUAAAGUGAAGGGUAUCUUCCUCAAUUAUGAAUCUUCCCAAAAAAUUAAUUUCGAUUCAAUAAAAGAAGCGGUUUUAAAUUCUUCUAUACAAGAAGAUUCUGAAGAAAGUAUUGUCAUAAAAUCUAAAAAUAUACGACGUACCAUAGAACAUCAGGUAGUUACUGUAGAAGAAGUCAAAACAUAUAAACCAAGAGCUGAAAAACGUCAAUUUUUCGACGAUCACAGUUCUCUGCCGUACGGAUAUAAAAGGAAAAAACCCAACCCACCUUCAUCAUCAUCAUAA